AAAAUGCAGUGAGGGCGAUUGGGAGCGAGACGCCAGCAGCUCUCGCUGCAUUUUCAACAGAGUAAAGUCAAUAAAAAGGGUUUCCUACCGAACCUGCUGUGUCUUGCCUACUCUGUUACCUUGAGAGAACAUACGCCGUGACAAACACAUUCACACCCCAAAGUGUAAAAUACCUGUUUGCCCAGUGCUCCUCAACUUCAUGCUCGCUGUGGUGAAGCUGUCACAUCUGAGCCGUCAAAGUAAGCCGGUUUGAUUUGCAUAUGGAAAUGUUGUCAAGCACUGUAAAUCACUCAAGAGGGUUUAUCCAGGUUGUCUUUGUCUGAAUUACUGGAGGAUCAACAGACAUGGAGCUCAAAUGUCAACCGUAGACAAACAUUUAACAGCUGGAUUUGAGAUUUUGAAAAUCAGCAAUGGAUUGUUGCUUGAAUCUGAUUGUCCUCUUCUGUGGAGUUAACUUCAUCUCCUGCUCUCACUUACCACCACUACGUAAGUACUACUAUGUUGACACAUUGAUGACCUGGGCUGGAGCUCAGCGUUACUGCAGAGAGGAAUACACCGACCUGGCGACCUUCGAAAGCACGGAUGAUGUCAGCAGGCUGCCACCUGACACCAAACCAUACAGAUGGAUCGGACUGAGUGACGACCCUAAAUCGUGGAGGGGCACCAUGGGUAAUGACCCCAACUCCUGGAGAUGGUCAUCGACUGGAUAAACCAGUAGAACCGGUUACCAGAACUGGGCGGUGGGGAAACCAGCCAAUCCCCUGCAGACCUGUGUUGUGAUGCUCGCUGAUGGACGAUGGAAUGAAAAUUCCUGUGAAUCAGCUUUAUAUUUUUUUUGUUACACUGAGACGAAACAAGCAACGAAAACCUUUGUGUUAAUACAACUUUUAAAAAGCUGGUCUGCUGCCCGCGACUACUGCAGAGAACACUACACAGAUUUAGCCAAGAUUGAGAAUGAUGAGGAACAGAAUGAGGUCAAUUCUGCAAAACCAAGCCACUAUAUUAAAGCUUGGAUCGGUCUGUACCGAGUGCCGUGGACUUGGACCGACAAGUCACAAAGCUCCUUCAGAUUCUGGGAUAGUACUGAGCCAAAUAAUGCAGACAACAAGGAGUUCUGUGGAUUUAAGCGUCCAUCACAUCAAUGGAAUGACGCCGACUGCUCUAGACUAUUCCCUUUUGUCUGCCAUCAAGUUACCACAUUGAAGACCACGCUCAAGAUGAAGUUUGAGACUGACGCUGAUAUCACAGAUCCAGCUCUUAACGCCCAGAUCCUGGAGCAGCUGAGUGCAGCGCUGAACCGUCAGGGAUUCACUGACUUCAAGCUGAGAUGGAAGAUUCCGCCCAAAAAGCAGGAGAAGACCACGGAAACUCAAUGUGUCAUAAAUGAAUGAUAUAUUUAUUUAACUGCAUUCCUACUAGCUUAUAAUACUCUUGUUAUUAUCUAUGUUAUUUGUGAAUAAAAACAGACCUCAGCUAUUAGAUGAUUUGCAACUGGUCUGUCUGAUUUAAAAAGUCAUUUAAAAAAACUCUUCUCCAUUAUCAUUCUAAAUACUAUUAUAAAUGUUUUAUUGACACCUUACUUUGCUACACAGUGACUGAAGGACU